CAGCCGCUGCUAUCCAUCGCCCGGCUUCAUUCACCUUUGCCUCCUCUCCAGAGAGAUCCGAGGGUCAAAAGCCACCCUCUACUGCUGCUUCUGCCUUGUUACAAACUGCUGCUGCCGUCUCCCCUAUUCCUGCUGGGCCAUCAUAUGUAUCAGCCGCCACGCCGGAUGCCUCUGCUAUCACACCCCAAACACCGUAUUAGCAUACUUGAUCUUAGCAAACAGCAUCGCCAGCUUCAUCAUCGUGACAAUGCCGUCAAAAACUAACAAUGGCGUGGGGGUUCAGGUCGAGGACACCAAGAUAUGCGUCGUCAUGGUCGGUCUCCCGGCGCGCGGGAAGAGUUACAUUGCCCAACUAGCCCAAAGAUAUUUGCAAUGGCUGUCAAUUCCGGCAGCGACUUUCAAUGUCGGCAACUAUCGGCGUCAUGACGCUCCACAGCCAACGGCCGACUUUUUUGAUUUCAGCAAUCCCGAGGGUGAGCGGAAACGCCGUGCGGCUGCCGAGGCCGCCGUUGCUGACAUGCUUGCUUGGUUCCGCACCGGCGGCGUCGUUGGCAUCUUGGACGCGACCAAUUCUACCAAGGAGCGUCGUAAAUGGGUCUGGGACACGUGCACCGCCCAUGGCAUUGAGGUUCUGUUUGUCGAAAGCAAAUGCGAUGAUGAAAAGGUCAUCAUGGCAAACAUUCGUGACGUCAAGCUGACAAGCCCUGACUACCGCGGCCAAGAUCCAGAAGAUGCGGCCCAGGACUUUCGCAAUCGAAUCAAGCACUAUGAAAAGGUCUACAAGACUAUUGACGCCGACCAUGACGAGGAUAGCUACACCUACUUGAAGCUGAUGAACGUUGGCAAGCAAGUCAUCAUCAACCGCAUUCAAGACUAUCUUCAAAGUCGCAUUGUCUACUACCUCAUGAACCUGCAUAUCCGGCCGCGAUCAGUCUGGCUAUCAAGACACGGAGAGUCUCUUUAUAACCUGAGUGGACGUAUUGGCGGAGACAUGCUUCUGUCUCCCCGGGGCGAGCAGUACGCUAAGAAGCUGCCAGAGUUGGUACGAGAAUCUGUGGGAGAUGAUCGCCCUCUAACGGUGUGGACCUCAACCUUGAAACGUACCAUCGCCACAGCCCGCUUCCUCCCACCGCACUACAAUCAGUUGCAGUGGAAAGCACUGGAUGAAUUGGAUUCCGGUGUGUGCGAUGGCUUGACCUACCAAGAAAUAAAAGACCGCUACCCUGAAGACUUUGCGGCCCGUGAUGAGGAUAAAUACAACUACCGAUACCGCGGUGGCGAGUCGUACCGUGACGUGGUUAUCCGCCUGGAACCGAUCAUAAUGGAAUUGGAGCGUAGCGAGGACAUUCUCAUUGUGACUCACCAGGCGGUUUUGCGCUGCAUCUAUGCAUACUUCAUGAAGAAGGACCAGGCUAAGAGUCCCUGGAUGAACGUGCCGCUUCACACACUCAUCAAAUUGACGCCAAGGGCGUACGGCACGGAGGAAGUUCGGUACGAGGCGCAUAUUCCUGCUGUGAGCACUUGGCGCGGAAAAGGAAGCACUGCCAAGCAUGAGAAUCCCACUCCAGAAAGCCUUUGAGGCGGAGUAUGAGAAAGGAAUUUCAAGGAGGGGAGAAGGACAGGACCAAGAAAAUUGUAAGCAUUUAAGUUCAUGAUCAACUGAGAGUAUCCGGAGUUUGGGAGAGACGAAGGGAUAAAACUGCCGACCAACGGCACACAACAAGGCUAGUAUACCACCUUACGCUUGUUCUUAUGUGGUUUUUCGGAUUGGAAAUGGAGUACUUUGUACACUGACUGCAUGGUCAUCGGCCAAGGAUAAGAGAGUGAGUCCAUGGCUGCUCACUCAACUCUAAAUAAAAA